CAAGAUAUAUACAGCUGCAACUGGUGUGAGCAAUGUUUUUAAAGACGAAAGCGAAGGCGAUUAGUUCAAGCCUCGCGAGGCGAGAGUAUCAGUACGCUAAGGUGCGGACGUCUCGAUUCUGGCGACGGUAGCCUGUAACGAUGCGCCGGACCAGCACAGUCGCACUACCCACCUCUCGGCGAUCCCGUCUGUGUCGGCAGGAACUAUAUCGGCACAGACGUGUGACGGGACCGUCGGGAGGUGGAGAGUGCAGCUGUCCUUACGUAAGCAGAGAGAGAGAGAGAUGGCAGCAGCAGAGGAAACCAGUAAAUCAUCUGAAGCAUUUCCAAUGAAAGGUGGAGAUGGACCAAACAGCUAUUUCAAAAACUCCAUUUAUCAGAGAGGAGCUGUGGAUGUUGCAAAGCAAAUUCUAAACAAUGAAAUUGCAGAGAAGCUUGAUGUAGAAAUCUUGUUACCCUCAAACACCUUUUCUCUUGCAGAUUUGGGUUGCUCAGUUGGGCCCAAUACAUUUUCUGCAGUUGAUAACAUACUCGAAGCUGUAAGACUCAAGUAUCAAUGUCAAGGGCUGGAUUCCCAAAUCCCUGAAUUUCAAGUUUUCUUUAAUGAUCACACCCUAAACGAUUUUAACAUGCUGUUCAAAUCACUCCCUCCGAACCGGCAAUACUAUGCCGCGGGCGUGCCAGGUUCUUUCCAUGGUCGCAUAUUUCCUAAUAAUUCCAUUCACCUAUUUCACUCGUCUUCUACCAACCAUUGGCUUUCCAGAGUGCCAAAAGAACUAGUUAACAAAAACUGCCCUGCUUGGAAUAAAGGAGAAAUUCAUUACUCAAAUUCCACAGAUGAAGUAGUGAAGGCUUAUGAAGCUCAAUAUGCAGAGGAUAUGGAGUGUUUCUUGCACACCAGGUCACAAGAGAUUGUGUCUGGAGGACUGAUGGUACUUAUCAUUCCAGGUCGCCCCAAUGGCACCCCUCAUUCCAAAACUCUGCCAAAUAUGAUGCUACAACUCUUGGGGACUUCCCUCAUGGAAAUGGCUAGAAAGGGAGUUGUUGUAGAAGAUAAAGUGGACUCGUUUAACAUACCUGCGUAUUACAUGUCUCCCCAAGAGUUGGAAGCUGCUGUAGAACGAAAUGGCUGUUUUAACAUAGAGAAAAUCGAAAACUUACCGAGUCCCUUGGGAGAUGGCGCUGCCAUUGGAACUCGAGUAUUAGCAUAUCAUAUGAGAGCUGCCUCGGAAGGACUCAUCAAGCAGCAAUUUGGAGAGGAAAUAUUGGAUGAGCUGUUUGACUUGUUCUGUAAGAAACUUGAACAGAAGCCCUCCAUCUUUGAGUCGGGGAAGGGAAUUUACUUUCUCGUUGUGCUGAUGAAACGCAUGCCAAACUGAUUCAAGUUGCUCAAGUAAAUGAUUUGUUUUUUUCAAACCUAUCAGAGGUGAAGAAAGACUCACCGUCACAACUGAAGUGCAGCUGUGAAGUCUGUGCAACGAAAUGAAUUGAUAAACUUAUUUUAAAAUGAUAAUUGUAUUCAAAUUAUGAAUUACAAAGGAAACAAAGGCUAUUGUUUUGCAAGCAUAUUGUUCUUCAUUAUAGAAUGAGCAUUUUAAAGGAAACAAAGGCUAUGAACCAUAAGAUUGCAAAUGCGAGGUUGGCAGGACCAAAUAAGAACUUGAGCAGAAAACUGAAC